UGAAGAACACCUAUUGUAAAUUUUUCUUAAUAAUAAAUAGUUCAUUUCCUAAAUAUAACUAUAGUAUCGUAAUGUUUACGUUGAAGAAAUAUGCUCUGCCAAAUCUGGUGCAUUUUCGUAAAUUCUCCCUCACAGCGGCACUGAGUAGCGACGAACUGGUCGUUCACAGAGACUCGCCGGAUAACAACGAGACGACGCCUUUCGAGUUCACCGACGCCAACAUGACUCGAUUAGAGGCGAUAAUCAAGAACUACCCUGUGGGUUGCAAGCGCUCGGCCCUAGGUGCCGCGUUGGACCUCGUGCAGCGCCAGAUUGGCUGGGUCCCGAUAUCCGCUAUGCACAAGGUCGCUGAGAUACUGGGCGUGCCGCGGAUGAGGGUCUACGAAUACUCUACCUUUUACACUAUGGUUAAAAGGUCUUUCAAGGGCAAGUACCACGUGAAAGUUUGCACAACGACGCCGUGCAUGAUCAUGGGAUCGGACAUAAUCAUGGCGGCCGUGGAGGAGGCGUGCGGGGCAAAGGCGGGCCAUGUCUCGCCAGACGGGCUCUUCGGCGUGGAGGCGGUGCAGUGCGCGGGCGCGUGUGCGAAUGCACCGGUGCUGGUUGUUGAAGAUGACUAUUAUGAAGACGUUACGGUGUGUGAUGUUCAAGAUAUUAUCUGUACCAUAAAGAAUGGCGGAAUACCUCCAGCAGGACCUAGAAGUGGCAGAUUUGCCGCCGAACCUAGCUGCGGGCUCACGAGCCUGUGCAGCGAGCCGCCCAGACCUGGGCACGGCCUGCAGCACGCAUUGCUGAAGUGAUAAACAUCUUUCUACUAAAGUAAUUGUUCAUUAUUUAAAUAAAAUUAUAGAAAACAAGUGCCAUUUAUAAAACUGAAGCCGCCGAACCUUGCUGCCCUCAAAACU